ACUUGACUUAUGGCUUGUGGGCGGAACGGAACGUUAACUAGCGCACUCUCGACUCAGUAUUUGGAACUACAGAAAAAAAAAAUUAGAAGGUGCAUAUUAUUUGAAAAUAACUUAAGUUAGCUGACAGAAAUAAGCAUCGCAUAAUAACAAUUUAUUAUAGUACUCAAGGUAAAGUUAUGCACGUGUUUCUGAUCAGAAUAAAUUUUAACGGUUUGUGGAUUAAGUAGUUAGUCAAAAGUGCUCCGGUAUUGUAAAUUAACAGAAUUCUUGAUUUUGUGAAGCUUAUUAUGUAACUGUGGCAUACAUUCACGUUGUCAAUAAUUUUACGAUAUUUCUUUUUUAAUUUAUGAUCCUUAAAUUGCGUUAUUGGUGGAGUUGCACUUUUAAAAUAACUGACAAUUUGACUCACCACCGUCAUUUUGCAAGUAGUAGUACUGCGACCGGUGCUCAUGGAAGGCACAAGGUCCAGUGCUGUGCAAUUUUUUUCUUCUUGUGUGUAGUGAAGAUAUUUAUUAUUUGAAAGGUGUACAGAAAAGUGCCGGCACCGUGGAAAGUGCAAAAGGACUUGGAUGGAUCCAAAUAUCGGGUGGUUUCAACCUGAACAAGAAGGACCAGCCAAGGACUUGUGGACACGAAUUUGGGAAGCUCAAAACGGGCUUGACAACAUGAAUAUUAGUGAUGCUAAUUGUAAUGUAGCUCCUAAAGGACAAGAUUACAUUCCACCCGUAAGUGUUACGAACAAUGAUAAUCAAAAACUACGGCCGUCUACGAAUUGCAACACUUACUACAAUCGUACGCGGAGAAAAAGGGAGAACCGAGCGAGUACGUACGGCAUGAACUUCAACCAUGCGGCUUUGAUAGGCGAGCAUGGUGGUUGUCCAUGGAGAGUUGCAAAUAAAGUAUAUUUGCCUGGAGUGGCAGGCCUCCACCAGGAGAUAGAGGACUUCUUCCAGUACAUGUGCCCCACGCCCGAAGAGCACGAGCUCCGCCAGGACGUAGUCACGAGGAUAGAGAAGGUGGUCGUGUCCCGGUGGCCGGAGGCCAUGGUCAAGGUCUUCGGCAGCUUCCGGACUGGUCUCUACCUGCCCACGAGCGACAUUGACUUGGUGGUGAUCGGGAACUGGAAGGAGCCGCCCCUCAGAAGUCUGGAACAGGCGUUGCUGGAGCACGGCAUCGCUGACAAAAACUCUCUGAAGGUCCUGGACAAGGCGUCUGUGCCCAUCGUAAAGCUGACCGACAAAGUGUCGGACAUCAAGGUCGACAUCAGCUUCAACAUGAGCAACGGUGUGAAGUCGGUGGAGCUCAUCAAGGAGUUCAAGAACAUGUUCCCAGUCCUGCCCAAGUUGGUGUUUGUCCUGAAACAGUUCUUGCUGCAGCGAGACCUCAACGAAGUGUUCACGGGCGGCAUUUCGUCGUACAGUCUCAUUCUCAUGACCAUCAGUUUCCUGCAGCUUCACCCGCGACAAGAUGCCUACUCCCCGACUGCAAACCUAGGUGUCCUGCUCAUAGAGUUCUUUGAGUUGUAUGGACGCAAGUUUAACUACAUGAAGACUGGCAUCAGGAUAAAGGAUGGAGGAAUGUACAUAUCAAAAGAAGUGGUUCAGCGCGACAUGAUAGACGGUCACCGCCCGUCCUUGCUGUGCAUAGAGGACCCCCUCACGCCGGGCAACGACAUCGGUCGCAGUUCAUACGGGGCACUGCAUGUCAAGCAGUCCUUUGACUACGCGUACAUUGUGUUGACGCAGGCUGUCAACCCCAUGUAUAGGUGUUUCAGCGAUGCCAACACCAGUGUCCUGGGGCGAGUUAUCCGCGUGACGGACGAAGUAAUUUCGUAUCGCGCGUGGAUCAAGACAGAGUUCCCGCUGUCAAACACCCAGCAGGGCCAGUCGUACGCAGCUGUGACGUGCACCAGAAAGCCAGAGGACGACUCCCUCAGCUCUUCGAGUGGCAGCAGCGAACCAUCGACUCUCGACUCGGCCAGUUCCAACUGCAGCGACACUGAUUCGGAGAGCAGCAGGGGAUCGAACACCGGUGUUGUGCCGGCGACCAACACAGUCGUGCUGAUGCCAAACAUCUACCCGCACAUGAUGGCCCAGCGGGGUCCAGUCUCGCAUCGGGGGUACUCGAAGCAACGCCGGUUCACGUCCCCCCAAGUUGCCCACCAACCACCUCGCAACAGCUACCCCCACCACCAGUCGCUGCAAGGCGGCGGCAACAUGGACAUGCAGAACUCGUAUGUGGUGAUCAACCAAAAGGGCCUCCGGGGAGCGCCCGCGAAGCGACGCAAGAACUACAAUGUGCGAUGAUGUUGGGUGCACCUCGGUCUUUCCUGCAGCUAACCCAACAGUUGGAGCCGCGGAGAUUCCUGCUUCUGCGAACAGGACACAAUCCGAAAGUACAAAUUUUCAUUUCAUAUGUCUGGUAGGUUUGAAAGUGGUUGGAACUUUUUGUUGUACUUAUUGCACUCGGACAUUUGUAGUUAAAAUGUCAAACAAUUUUUUUUUUUCUUCAUCAUGGUGAAAGGCAUUUGGCAAACCUUCAUUUCAGACAUAACUGACUCAUUGAAGGAGGCAAGGGGAGGCAGAUGUUUAGUGGGUGCAGAAUUUUCUGAUAGCAAUUGAGUUACACUUAUUUUUUUAUAAGAAUUUCAUAUUUCAUAUGGAUAGUUCUCCUUUGAAAAGGUCAUGAUUGUUUUAUUUUCGGCUGAAAGUUUUACUCCAAUAGUCUGUAACACACUUGUAAUAAAAAUUAUGGCUGAGUACAGCAGUAUGGGUGUUUUGAGGAUUUACUGGUUGUUUGGUAAGUCAUGUUUAGAGACCCUAUUUUGUGGUAAAUAAGAAUGACAGAUUUCGGCAUAAAAAUUGUGCUGUUUCAGUAUGUUAAGGCGGUGAAUUUUAUCAUAUUUCGUUGCAAAAGCUGUGGAAAAAAAAAUUGGCCUAUAUAUUAUUUAUUGAAAAUUUUUGGUUAAAAAAAGUGACUGUAUGUAGCAGUCUUGUAAACAAAACCAUAUUUUACACAAACAAAAAUGCACAAGAGUAAAAGUGGGCUAUAUUAUAUAAGAACUUCUAAAAGUUACUCACCAGCAGUACAAAACACAAAGGGCAGAAAAAUAAUAAAAGUACAAUAACAACAUAACGCUAAUUAAAAUAUGAUAACAUGACUUCCAUGUUGGAUGGUUUCAAGUUAUAGCUUUUGUCUGUUAAUACAUUUCCAUAAGCUGAAAAAGCACGUUCACAGUCAACAUUGGUCACUGGCAUCCACAAAACAUUUGCUGCCAAUGUUGCAAAAACUGGAUGCUCCUCCUUCAGUCCCAGGACAACAUCAAGGAUGCUUCCAGAGUCUUGCUUCUUCAUUGAUUCUUGAAGUGCUUUGUAGCCUUUCAGGAAGUCUAAUUUACUGUUUUCUUUGAGCAGUGGUACUUUUUGUGUCAAAGCAUGAAGUUUAUCGUCAGCAAUAUUACUGAUAAUAUUUUGCAAGUCAAACAAAAUACCCAAGCUCUUAAAACACUCACGAGCUGGAUCUUGCAAGACUAACUCAUUCAAUUUUGUGAGACACUUUGCACCUAGGCUCCUUAACUGAGCUUUCACCUCACCUGACCGAACAGACGGAAGUGUUUUGAUGAUUUUCGUGGUCUUAUCACCCAUGAUGCCAUCUGCCAGCAACUCAAAACUGUUCUUGAGGUCACCAAGUUUGCCGCACAAUUUAUGCACCAGUGGUUUCUUGCCAGAUUCCAGUUCCACUUUGUGAUUUGAGAGUUGCUCAAAAUGCUCAAUUACAAAAGUGGCUUGGCAACUGAUAACAUUAAUAGCAGACUGUGACAAACUCUUGAAGUAAUCAACUGCUGGAACUGACAGAUCUAAUGUGGAUACAACAUAUUCCACUACAUCAACAAGAUAAUCAACAAUGUACUUAACUGCAAAAAACCAUGCAUUCCAUCGAGUCAGUAUGGGUGAUGGAAACAGAUUGCUGGCUUUCUCCCCCUCAGGAUACUUUUCUUUCAGGAAGGUGACAUAGUUGUUUCCUUUUGCGAGUAUUUUGAAACAGCUGCUUAGUCUUCGCAAUGCAUUCAUUCAAUUUCGGCAGUGCUUGUGGCCAUAAAGACUGAAUAAUACUGAGUUUGUGGUCCCAGAAUUGCACAUGCAACAGUUCUUCUGAUAUAAGAACUUUCAUUGAGUUAAUGCACUUUGUCAUAUAGCGUGCACUAUCACUCACAAUGCAGACAAUGUCGUCAUACUUCACUUCAAAUUUGCUGUAACAGUCUAGAAGUGCCCUUGAGCAUUCAGUCGCUGUAGAUGAUUUCAAGACCGAAACAGAUCCAAUGAAAAGAUCUUGCUCUGAAGAAUCUGCCAUUGUUUUUAACAGUACAUACUAUAAAUACACACUGUCCUUUUCUGUCAGUCGUUUUGUUGCAGAACACUGCGAAUUUCUUUCCUCGAAGGCACUCUUUAAUAUGAUAUUCUUGUUGCUCUUGUACAAGUGGAACAUAAUUCUGCCUUAGUGAUUCUGCUUUGGAUAAAUCACCUGAUCCUUGAAUGUAUGCAGUAAACCACUCCCUUAGAGACGGAUGAUCCAAUUUCUCUAGCGGAACAUUCACACUCAUGAAAGCCUUCGUCGUUGCACAAAUAAAUUCUUUCUUGUCAAGUUUUGCCGUCUUAGUUGCCGAAGUAGAAGUACACUUGAACACAGACAACUGCUGUUUAAUUCCUGACCCACUACUUCUUUUUUCUUUGUGUGUUACUCUGUUCGUGCAGUGUUUCACGCAGGUGUCUCUCCGUUGCCAUUCAAUUCUUUGGUUACAGUAUUUGCACAUUAGGAUAUGUUUGGCUUUAUCGAAUACAUAAAAACCUUCACUUUCAAAUUCUUGCACACGCUGAAACACGGACACAAUUUUUGGCAUGAUUACGAUUACUCUACUUAAUUGUGUGCCGUAUCCACGCGGUCAAUGUUGUUUGUUUUUACAAUAUUUAAUUUCCUUUUUAGUAGCCCAUAGAUACAAUAUUGACGAAGGUGAUGCACAAUGGUCUGCACAUCUUAAGCCAUCUACCUUCAGAUCUAUCUAGUGGCGCAAAUGGAACUACCAUUAUUUAAUCCACAUUCAGAUCCAUCUAGUGGUGCUUAUGAAACUACAUACAAUAGAAGUUUGCUUACUUUUUUUACAUACACCUUCAUCUAAGGAACGGACCUUUAAUAUUAUUGUUGACGUGCCACAGACGACCUUCCAGCUCCAGCAUCUAGUAAACUUGUUUUUGGGAGUUAUGUAUGUUAUUAGUGUGAUGUUAAUAUUACGUUUAACAAGCGUUUUCCACAGGAUUUAGUGUAAAAAUCGGUCAAUUUCGCGAAAAUUUGUAAUUAAUGAAUUAUUUCACAUUUUCCUUGGAAAUAAGUCAAUUUCGCUGUUAAUUUCGCAUCGCGAAAAAAUAGGGUCUCUAGUCAUGCUUGAUAAGUUUAGAUAAUUAUUUUUUUUUGGGCGUUGUUGGUCUUUUGGUGGAAAUACACAGUGAACCUUCACUAUAAAGUAUUUCUCUUUAAAUGGGGUGUCUACAUUCUAUAAAUUCAGGGAAAGGUCAGGGAAUUUAUUUGAAAACCUGGAAAAGCCGUGGAAAUUCCUCAGUCAUAGUAAUUUAAGGGGAAAAUGCCAUGCUCCGAUAUGACGUCACCCAGACUUAAAAUAUGUUUUUACAGAUGUUGUUUUAGUGUAUAGUCAUACACACUGUAAAAUGGCAUAUGUAAGUUUCUGUGUGAACAAUUUUGGGUCGUAGUAAAGUCAGGGAUUUUUUUUAUUACAGAUUUGUGAGGAAAUCCUGUUAAUUAUUUCUCAUUUCAAAGUACAGUCAAGUCUCAUUAAUACAAACCUGAGGGGACCAAAAAAUUUACAUUUUGUAAUAACUAGAUUUGUAUUAACCAUAUUUUAUGCCUUCGAGAAAAAUUACCUAACCAGGUACCGUAUUUACUCGCAUAAUGUCCGCAGUAAUUUGGCUACAUUUUUGACAAAAAAAAUGGGGUGUGGACAUUAUGAGGUGAAGUCCGGAAAAAAAUUUUUUCCUCAAAAUUUUACGUUUUGUGUAGAGUAAACAAAUUGUUCUCUCAUAAUUAGUUUACUAGCAGAGCGCUGGUGACUGGCGACCCUCCACAGCAGACGUGAGAAAUGUGACAGGUGUCGAGAUAAUUGGGUGUUGGCGAUUAGUGGAAGACGCCACUCAUUUUUUUUCUUCUCUCACUCGCGUGUGCACGCUUACGUUCAGAAGCCGCAGCCAGCCUACACAAAAUAAACGCUUUGCGUGAAAAGAUAUUUUUUUAAUCUUUCAUUGAGAUGGUCACUGACGGCACGGAGCAGAUGUCUAAUGUCUGCAUUAGCCGGCGCCGGCGAGCCUCCCUCCCCGUCCCUUGCCUACUGUGUGUAUAAAAAAACCGUGCGCAUGUACCCCCACCACUUCUCCGCUACCUCCCCUACUUUGUGACGUAGUGUGAGUUGACGUGUACUGGCUUGUGCUGGAUAUAGCCCAUCCCCUUGCAACUCUCGUGACGUCGCAGGCAGCUGCGCAGUAGAGUGCGAGUUUCUGAGUCCGGACGGUUUCACCACGCUACAAAACCCUCUCAGCGACUGCUCCGGAGAAAUGAACAACUCAAGGUCAAAGCAUUGUUGACAGCGUCGGUAAAUUUCCAUCCCGUUACUGCGCCUUUCAGGGGUGGCCAAAGUUGCUUUGUCUGGUGCGGACUUUAUGCUGAUUUUAAAAAAUUCCAUUUCAAGUAUUUAAAAAUAAAUGUGCGGACUUUAUGCGAUUAAAUACGGUACGUAGCGGAUAAAAAGAACUUGCAUAAAUAUUACGAUAAGGUAUGUUUCGUUUUUUUAAAAUGUUUUUUCAAUGUUCUGAUUUUUUAGUAUCGUCUACAACGAAGAAAGAGGGAGAUCCAAUUCUUUUGCAAUUUCAGUUUUUGUUUUCUUGCAGCUGUCCACUUCAUUUAUGAUUUUAAGCUUUUCCGCUAAUGUUAACUUGUUUUGUUUGCGUUUCGUAUUCAUUGAUACAAAUAAAUGCAAAUCUGCCAUGCACAAAUAACAAUAAUUAGUUAUUCGUUCACAGUUUCAGAUAAAUCACUGUAUGCAACGUAAUAUAAACAAUGGCAGCGACAAUGCCAUAGAAGUACGUAUUUCGGUUAUACCAUGAAAAAAGAAUACACAACCCAACGAAAAACAAUAUACAUAGAGGCAGAUUGCAUUCCGUAGUUCCACAUUUUGCCACCAGAGGCCUGAAAAUUUUGAAUAUCGGAAGUAUAUUGACGCACAGAACCUAACAUUAUCUGUUGCAUGUUUACACAAAUCGACGCUAGAGGCGCGCCCGUGAUGUAAAUAUUUCUUUACUUCAGCUCAAGUGCGAGUAUUGCUGCUGACGCUGUUUUCAUCUCUGAUUUUUCGGUGUGUUUAUUUUCAUUUCUUACAAUGGCAAAGGGCGAUAAAUUUGCUACGUUCCGCAAACGUUUUGGGCAUUCCGAGAGUAGUAAUUAAAAUUUGUAUUAACCAUUAUAAUUACAUAUAUGUACAAAUACUUCUGUAUGGGAUGAAAAUCAACUUCGAAUUACAUAUUAACCGUAUUUUGUAUAAAACAAAGUUUGUACCAUUUAAAAGCCUAUUCUGUUUGCCGGGACCAGAAAAUUGCUUCAUAUAAAUGAGAAUAUAUUAAACGGGUUCGUAUUAAUGAGACUAGAAUAUAUUUUUUUCAGAGCCAUGCAAGAUGUUUUACAUUUAGUAACAUAACAGCUCAUUGCAAAGUACUGUGGAUGUUUUCAGGUAUGUUAUGAUAUUUCACUGAAUUAUUUUACGGCUAUUCCAUUGCCAGCGAGUGCUGUAGACAUUAAUCUUAGACAUGUAUUUUCUUGUAUAAACAUAUCUAGAGCUUGCAUUCUUGUAAAAAAUUCCUUGUUUUAUCAAGUUAAGUAAAUCAGUAAAUUUUUAAAAUCCUUAAAGGCUCUGUCUUGUGUGCCAUGUUGAUUUUUUUUGUCAUUACUUUUUAUUUAAAGGCUAUAUUUAAAUUUUUUAACCUUUUAACAUCCAUGAAACCAUGAGACUACACUGAGAAUAUCUGUUGAAAAUAUUUGUGGCAGAACAAAAAAUGCCAGGGAGGUAUCAAGUUAAAAUUUUAGAAAUACAUAGUCCUUAAUUAAAAUGUAAUUAUUAAAAGAAAAAAUCAACAUGAUUUGUGAGGUCGAGGCUUGCACAAGCUUUCUUUGCUGUAAAGUUAUUCCAUGUACCUGAAUUUGGGCGACAGUAAUUUAAGUGCUAAUGAGACAGUUAAUUUUUUGUAAUUAUAUAUACAUUAUUUUAUUGAGUUCCUAAUGCUUGUGAAAAAUUUUUAGUCCUGGAUUAGUAUGUUAAACUUAAUCUUGCAUGGAUCUGAAAAUAUGUACUUUAAAGUGAGAUAUUUUAUAAUGAUAUUUCGCUGUAUUGUUUCGUCUGAUACAUAAUUGCAGCAUUACACCUGAAUAUGCUACAUAAAGAAAAAAAUUAAAGAAUGCCAGCAGUGUACAAAAGAAGUUUAGUAUUUCAUUUUUUUGACAUUGUACACAUUUUUAGAUUUGUGUAAAUAUUUGGUAGAGCAAUUUAUUGAUUUUGAAACAUAAAAAACAUUCAUUUUCCAUAUCUUUAAGAAAAUUUUUGGAUAACGUCAGCGAAAGAAAAAUUAUUUAAGUUAGUUGAAUAAUUGAGUGCCUAAAAGAAUUCUUUGGUUUUGUAUGAAUUUACUGUGAUAGUUUUUAGAAACCAUUUUGAUUGAAAAAAAGUAUGUAUUUAUUAUAAAUUUCCAUUUGUUUAAAUAAGCAUCAUAACUGUUCAGUUGGCAAAGAUGUCUUCAAUAAGAAGCUCUAAAAUAGAAGUAAUUGAAUGUAGGUUGACAUUGAAUGUAAAACGAUCUCAAAUUCUGUACAAGGAAACUUCCAACGUAAGGUAACCACCAUUUUCAAAAUUGUCCAAAAAAGGGCUAACCUGACAUGUGAGAAUGUUUGCUUUUUAUUUAAGUUUUUAGGAAUUUCAUAAUGAAGUUUUAAUCUGAAAAGUUAAACUAAUAAUAGGGUAACCCUUUUUUUUAUUUCUAAAAUUUUAGGCCCCUUUACUAAUUAAGUCUAGUAAAACUUCUGCUUUAAAGUCAAAUUACAUUAGCCUUUUUUUUUUUUUUAAAUUUUUCAUUGAGAAUAAAAUGACACAAUUCUAAAAUCAAUUUUCAUUUGAAGGUGCAUUUUUGCAAUAAAAUUUCAUUUUCACAGAAGUGCUCUAAGUUAUUUUUCUAUUACAGAAUAGUAAAAUUGCCCAAUCAAGGUUUUGUUUGUAUAGUUUUGCACAAUUUAAAAUAAAUAUUGAUGAAAUUUAAAAUCUUAUAAAAUGUAUUGACGGUUAGCCAUAAAAGCAAAUUUGGCUUCGGCCUGUGUAAGGUGCUACUUCUUAAUUCGUCUAGAUUUUUACACUUGUUUUUAUUUUUGAAUUAGUUGAAAACCAUUUGAGCUUAAUUUACUGAAAAAUAUAUAUUUUUAAUGGUUUAGUUAUUUUUUUUUUACAAUACCUCAUCAAUAUUCUCAAAAAUUUCGUCUUGUCAUUAUUUAAAAUUCCUUAAAUUUUCCUAAAUUUUAGUAUUGGUUGUGUAAAACUGCUUAAUAAAUUUAAAAUUCCAUUUGCAUUAGAACAGAUAGUUGCAAGAGUUUUUUAGUAAGAUAAAAUUUGCGUUCAUGAACUACAAAAUACAAAGAAAUUUGUUAAUAUUCAUUUACUUUGUUUACAUUAAUAGAGGCCAACCCCUACAUUUGGAUGCCCCUUUCCACUAAAAAAGUAAUACAUUUUUUUCCUUGUUCUAUAUCAGAAUCACUAUCACCAACUUGCUUUAAAACAUUUGCUAAUUUUUCUACAUCUUUCCACCACGGUACAUUAUUCUCCCAGUACCUAUCUUGGUACAGUUGUUUGUCUGUUUGGCAUAGUGUACAACCUUGAGUUUGUAAUUAUUUCGGGGAAAAAACUCGAGGUUAAAAUUCAGUUUAUCUCAUGUUGACCAUAAAUUGAGGUUGACAUAACAUUUAAGGGAAAAAAAAUAUUUUUAAGCUUAAACAAGCAUACCAACAUGAAAGUAACAAUGAUUUAUGAACAGUUAAGUGCAUUUACAUGAUUUUGCUUUUUUUAAUAUUUAAGUCUACAUGAAAUUUUUUUUGUGCAUGAUCCCAGGCCAAACUAUCUUUUCAUUAGCUCUCUUUAGUAAUAAAAAAAAAACCAGGCCUCUUUUAUGAACAUUUGCCAUAUUAAUUUUGGCAUUCAAAUUUGUAAAUUUUGGUAACCAAACCUUAUCAUAUACUACCUUUUUGUUGGUUAAAAACUUUUAGUAAUUUAGUAAUAAAUUUUUUUUAAAUAUUUUUUGAGUUUUUAAUAUGUGUACACUGUACAUAGCUGUGUACUCACUCAUACUAUAUACAGUCCAGUCUGUGUACUCACUCAUACUAUAUACAGUCCAGUCAAAUGGUUUUCCUGUAAAAAAAAUUGCUGAAGUUUUUUUUUCAACGAUUCUGUAUGUUUUUUGGAGUGCUAAAUCCUGAUUUCAAGUUUGCUGCUUUGUAGGUAGGCUUCACAAUUUAAAUUGUAAAAAAAAAAAAAAAAACUAUGUUACUGCCUGCAAUUGUUUUUUGUGAAAAUUGUUUUUUGUGAAAAUUGUUGGGUUGCAAAAAAAAUUGCAAUUGAAGUUUUGCCAAUGCCUGCACCGAAUUAACUUUAAUUUGUAAAGUUUUUGGAAACAUGCUAGAAAGUGAUUUUGUGAAAAUUGGGUUUUUCAGCGUCGUGAGCAGCCUUACGGUUAGGUUUGUUGCGAGACCCCGACGUUCCUGCGAGUGCGCACAGUAUACGCGGUGUAGUAGUUUGUCCAGCAGACUUUGGAACAUUGAAACAACUUCGGCGAUGCUGCAACCGCGGUGUGUUGUCCAUGAGGAGAAAAAAAGUGAACCUAUUAUGUGAUACAUUUUGCUGUGUGAAAUAUUGUGUACCAUGUUCCAAGUAAUUAUCCCGUGACAACCGAUGGUUCCAGAGCAUGCGUGCACGCUUGAUCAUACAUAAUUUGCCAUAUAUUUUGCAAUAUUUAGUGCAGCAAUAUAUCUAGUGUAUAGUGUUAAUUGUGAUCUGUUCGUUGAGUACGUGUUGUAAAUUAUUUGUAUGAAUGAUUGCUUGUUGGUUUACGCGCGAUGACUGAAAGUGGUUGCCGCAAAAAUGUUUUCCUGACCUUUUGAGAUAUCUUAGUACAUGAACGUUUUUAGAAAUGAAAUUUUAUGUGAAGACUGCGUUAAUACUUUUUAAUCUGUGCUGCUGCAUCUUGAGUUUUGUUAGCUUAUUUAUUUAUUUUUUUGUUGUCAUAUUAAUAAUCUUGUUUGCAUGUUCAAGCAUGUUGUUUAUCCACGAGUGAGGAGUUACAAAAGAAUAUAUUACAGCAGCAGUGUGAUUUAUAACAAUCACGAAAGUCAUUUAUACUUCUUUACCAUAAAACAUGAUCAAUAUAUAGUUGUAAAAUUUGUAUGAUAUCCCUUGAAAUAAAAAGAAUUGUAUAUCUCUUUUUGUUAAAAGUACAAAAUAUGUAAAUAUCACUAUAAAAAAAUAGUUUCUGUACUAUUGUAGUACAUACAUAGUAGCGGUAUCUUAAUUAGUAAAGGUACUCUUGUAAAAUCUUGUUGCAAAGAAAGUUGUAAUUAAAAAAAAAAAGGUAAAAUGUUUGAAACUAAAAAAAAGUGUUGCUGAAAAUUGUUCUCAACACACAAAAAAAGUGCAAAAUAAAAACUUACAAAAGUCAAA